AUGCUUUGCUACUUCUCUCUAACAUGGGAGUCAGAGAUGUUGUCAGCUCGAUACGUGUACCGCUCGCCUGCGAGUGUAGAGAGUGCGAGCGAGAAAUUGCUAACGGCGCCUGCGAGUGUAGAGAGUGUGAGCGAGAAAUUGCAAACGACGCCUGCGCAAGCACCCGAGCGCGUGAAUGAGACAAAAAUCGAUCAUGAGAUGGUACGUGCGGGCUCUGAGGAAGAGCAACAGGGCCGAGUUGCGAUGACUAGAUCGCCUGAGCAUCAGUGUAGCCCGGUGUAUUGCGAUAGUAAUAUUAUGAAUCAGGGUGAAACUGAUAUUAAAAAUGGAAAAAUUGCGUCUUUUUCGGAUGUAGUAAGGUAA